UGGUGCCGCGGCGGGGCGGGACUUCCGGUGCGGUGCGGAAGCGGCGGCGGCGCUGGGACAGAUUCGGGGCACGGAUGCUGGCUGCGCGGCACGUCGUGUGCGCCCUGUCCGGUGGCGUGGACAGCGCCGUGGCCGCGCUGCUGCUGAGGCGGAGAGGUUACCAAGUGACAGGAGUGUUUAUGAAAAACUGGGACUUGCUGGAUGAACAUGGGGUUUGCACUGCCGACAAAGACUGUGACGAUGCCUACAGAGUGUGCCAAAUCCUAGACAUCCCUUUUCAUCAAGUGUCCUAUGUGAAGGAGUAUUGGAAUGACGUGUUCAGUGAUUUCUUAAAUGAAUAUGAAAAAGGAAGAACUCCCAAUCCUGACAUAGUCUGCAACAAGCACAUUAAAUUCCGUUGUUUUUUUCAUUAUGCCGUGGAUAAUCUGGGAGCAGAUGCAGUUGCCACAGGUCAUUAUGCAAGAACAUCCCUGGAAGAUGAAGAAGUCUUCCAGCAGAAGUACAUUAAGAGGCCAGAAGGGCUUUUCAGAAAUCGAUUUGAAGUUAGAAAUGCGGUAAAACUUCUCCAAGCAGCUGACAGCUUUAAAGACCAGACCUUCUUUCUCAGCCAGGUUUCCCAGGAUGCCCUGAGGAGAACCCUCUUCCCUCUGGGGGGAUUAACGAAAGAUUUUGUAAAGAAAAUAGCUGCUGAGAAUAGACUUCAUCACGUGCUUCAGAAAAAAGAGAGCAUGGGGAUCUGUUUCAUCGGUAAAAGAAAUUUUGAACGUUUCAUCCUUCAGUAUUUACAGCCCCAACCUGGUAAAUUCAUCUCCGUAGAAGACAGUAAAGUUCUGGGAACACAUAAAGGUUGGUUCCUGUAUACCUUGGGCCAGAGGGCCAAGAUCGGGGGCCUGCGCGAGCCCUGGUAUGUGGUGGAGAAGGACAGCUCCAAGGGCGACGUGUUUGUGGCCCCGCGGACAGACCACCCGGCCCUGUACAGGGACCUGCUGCGGACCAGCCGCGUGCACUGGAUUGCCGAGGAGCCGCCCGCUGCUCUGGUCCGGGACAAGAUGAUGGAGUGCCACUUCCGGUUCCGCCACCAGAUGGCGCUAGUGCCCUGUGUGCUGACUCUCAAUCAAGACGGCACUGUGUGGGUGACGGCUGUGAAGGCUGUGCGGGCCCUCGCCCCGGGACAGUUCGCUGUGUUCUACAAAGGAGAAGAGUGUCUGGGCAGCGGGAAAAUCCUGCGCUUGGGGCCGUCCGCCUACACACUCCAGAAGGGCAAGUCCCGAGGGGCGCCUGAGGGCUCCGGCGAUGGCCUGGGCAGCAGCCCAGGCUUGGGUCCCACGCUCUGAUGCAGGCUGGACUGCUGCUGAGUGCCCGGGAGUAGCCGAGGCAAAACAGCUGGGGCUGGGCAGCCAGGGGAGCUUGGCCGCGUCUGCCAGGCUGCCUGAGAUUCCGGAAGGCCUGCAGAGCCAGGCAGGGCCCCAGGAAGGCCGCCCUGUCUUCUCCAGGUUGGAGCUCCAGUCUGAG